AUGCAAAAUGACUUGGCUCCGGGGACAAAUCUGACUGUAAAGUGCAAGGGAGGACAGUUCCCUUUGGGAGCGAGAAAUCUACAAGUGGGGGAGAUCGCGAAGUGGGAGUUCUACUGCAACUUGUUCGGAAACACGGCGUACGCUUGCUCUCUCGACUGGGGCAGCGACUCCGACAUCAUCCUAACCUUCGCUUUCACGAGGGAUUUCUGGAAAUGCGUGGACUGCCUGUGGAUCAUCAAGCCCGACGGCGCCUACUUUCGCCGCCAGUUCAACGAAACCAUGGGAUACGAGCCCAUUUGGGAGAAAGUGUAUUCCUGGAGUUGA